AAAGCCAGACUGGCUACAGAGCCACGCAUCACUUCUUCAGAAGCUUGACCAGAGACGAGCCAGCUCCACACCUGGACACAGACUCUCACGGUCUUCCUGCAUGCACAGAGACUGACAACGCUAAAGGAUGGCGCUGUACUGGUUGGUGCUGAGUUUGUUCUUCCAAACUCUUCAUGCCCACGUUGACUUCUUCACCUCUAUCGGCCAGAUGACUGACCUGCUGUACACAGAGAAGGACCUGGUGACAUCACUAAAAGAUUACAUCAGAGCAGAGGAGAGCAAAUUGCAGCAGGUUAAACAGUGGGCAGAGAAGUUGGACUCUUUGACCGCGACAGCGGUGCAGGAUCCUGAGGGCUUCCUGGGUCACCCUGUCAAUGCCUUCAAACUGAUGAAGAGGCUAAACUCAGAGUGGGCCGACCUGGAGAGCCUGGUGCUCAAGGACACCACUGAUGGGUUUAUCUCUAAUCUGACAGUGCAGAGGCAGUACUUCCCCACGGAUGAAGACCAGACUGGAGCAGCUAAGGCUCUGCUCAGAUUGCAGGACACGUACAAGCUGUCGGCCAACGUCCUCUCCGCUGGAGACCUGCCAGGUGUUGUCCAUAAGAGCCGUAUGACGGUGGAGGACUGUUUCGAGCUGGGGAAAGUCGCCUACUCUGAAGCGGACUAUUACCACACAGAACUGUGGAUGACGCAGGCUCUGAAACAGCUGGACGAGGGCGAGAGCUCCUCCGUAGACAAGGUGACCGUGAUGGACUACCUCAGUUACGCCAUCUACCAGCAGGGAGAGAUAGACCGGGCGCUGGAGCUCACCAAGAGGAUGCUCAAACUGGAUCCUACUCAUCAGCGGGCCAACAGCAACCUGAAGUAUUUCGAGUUCCAGCUGGAGAAGCAGAGGAAAGCAGAGGAGACAGAGGGGAAAAAAGAAGUCAAAGAGGAAGAGAAGAAAAAGGUGGAUAAACGAGACGUGCAGAUGAAGCGCUCUAAAGACCCUCUGCCCGAGAGGAAGAGAUACGAACAGCUGUGCCGGGGAGAGGGAGUCAGAAUGACCCAUCGUAGGUGGAGCCGUCUGUUUUGCCGUUACCAAGACAACGGGCGCAACCCUCGCUUGAUUCUGGCUCCUGUGAAAGAGGAGGAUGAGUGGGACCGCCCCCGUAUCGUCCGCUACCACAACAUCAUCUCCGACUAUGAGAUCAGCAAGGUUAAAGAGCUCGCCAAGCCCAGACUGCGGAGGGCCACCAUCUCUAACCCCAUCACGGGUGUGCUGGAGACGGCCUCCUACCGGAUCAGCAAGAGGCGCGCCACAGUACAUGACCCUAUUACGGGAAAGCUCACCACUGCUCAGUACAGAGUCUCCAAGAGUGCCUGGCUGACCACUGAUGAGCACCCAGUAAUCGAGAGGAUUAACCAGCGGAUAGAGGACCUCACAGGCCUGGAGAUGGACACAGCGGAGGAGCUGCAGGUCGCAAACUAUGGAGUUGGAGGACAGUACGAGCCUCAUUUUGACUUUGGCAGGAAAGAUGAGCCGGAUGCAUUUAAAGAGUUGGGCACAGGAAACAGAAUCGCCACCUGGCUCUUCUAUAUGAGCGAUGUGGCAGCAGGGGGCGCUACAGUGUUCCCAGACGUCGGAGCUGCAGUGUGGCCCAAAAAGGGCACAGCAGUGUUCUGGUAUAACCUGUUUGCCAGUGGGGAGGGAGACUACAGCACAAGGCAUGCAGCCUGCCCGGUACUCGUGGGCAACAAGUGGGUAUCGAACAAAUGGAUCCACGAGAGGGGUCAGGAGUUCAGACGACCUUGCGGCCUCAGCGAGACGGAAUGAUGAACGGAAAGCGUUUGCUCUUCUUCCAUCCCUCCUCCCUCCUGCCUUCUUCCUUCAAAGCCCCUCAGUGCCAGAUAGUUCAGCACUGUAGACACUGACCAUCUCCCCCACUUUCCUUUUCUCCAUCUCCACCGGACUUGAAGCCUGGGCUCUGUGUGAGGUGUCUCUCACUGUCCCCCCAGCUGACCAUGGUGGUGUCGGAAUCCAAUUAAAAGGCUUAAAAGUGACUCACAAAAUGUAAAGGAUAAAAAUACACUGCGUAGCGAAAAACAAUCAUAGCAGCUGAAAUUUGUGUGUACUUUUGUCCUUCAUAUAGAUAACAGUUCAUCUGACAUAAGCAAGUGUAGUUGAGAUUACUUUUGUUUUAAAGCGGGAAAGUGGCCAUCAGUCGGUCCAAUGUCGGUCAAAAUGUUCAGCGUUGCACAGACACUCACUCACACUCCUGCAUGGCAACAAGCAUGAACAUCUUAGUUUCCAUGUCUAAAAUAUAACCACUGAAAUAUCCAGGCACUCCAGACUAAACGUAAAGGAGAAGAGAAAGAGAGAGAAAAGUGAGUAAGAGGCCAGAGAGAAGAGAAUAACAACAAGAGUUUAGUGUUUCCACUCUUCUGACCAAAGGAGACGUAUACAGAAAUGCUGACCGCCUCAAAAAUAAAUGAGCUUUUGUCCAAAUGCAGCCAAAGCCUUCCAGAGACAAACACUACCAAGAUGACCAAAGUACAGCGCCAAAGAGAUUUUUGUUUUGUUCCAGGGGCCUACGCAAAACAUUUUUUUAUUUAUCUUUAGAGGUCAAAACCUUUUUUAUGUGCUUUUGUGUGAAUGGAAGUAUGUUUUUG